UUUCUGCCGUCAGUUUAAUUUGUCUGAUUGGCAAAAGGUGUUAUGUCGAGGAAUUACGACAACUGGGAGAGGCUAGUUGCCGCCACGCUCGACCGCCAGAAGCUCCGGGACCUCGCGCUUGCUUCUUCCGCCGACACCAGCUUCACCAGCUCCGUCCCACCUUGUUUCGACUCCUCCUUCACUUUCAAGUUCAGAUCCUCCUCGCGCAACCAUGUCUCUGGGAUGCCCUAUUUCCGUUCGGCGAUUCGAUUGGCGGAUGAUGCAGUUAGGGUUUGCGAAAAUCCUACUUCCUUCAAGCCACAAUGCUCUCAGAUCAAAAUCAAAGCUCUAAAGGUUGCUCAGCUCCUGCGCCAGGCGAUGCUCGCGGACCACGAGCUGUACGAUCGACCUGCGCGCCGCGUAAUGGAAUCGACGGAGACCGUACUGAAACGAGCGAUUUCGCUGGUGCUGCGAUGCCGAGGGCUAAAACGAGUGUUCACAGCAAUUGCUCCUUCUUCCUUCCCGAACAUCUCCUCUCUGCUCGAACACUCCAUAGCCAACAUCCGUUGGCUCCUCAGCGACGGCCAGUACCACGGCGUCCCUCCGAUUGCCGCCGACGAACCGGUCCUCUGUGACAUUUGGGUUCUGAUUGCAAUUCUUCACACCGGUUCAGCUGAGGACCGGUCCAAUGCUGUGGCCUCUCUGCUUUCCUUAGCUCACCAGAGUGAUGUUUACAGAAAGUUGAUUGUUGAAGAAGGGGGUGGAGUUGAGCCAUUCUUGAGAUUAGUACUCGAAGGAACUCCGAAAUCGCAGGCGAAUGCAGUUAUGGUGAUCACAUUGCUCGGGAAGGAACAUCGUUGGGUGAUUGACGACAUGGUUUCGACAGCAUUUGUGUCAAUCCUCAGAGAAGCUCCUCUGAUCAAGCUGCAGGGGACUGUGGCGUGGGCUGUGUCGGAGCUUGCCGAGAUUCUCGUCGAUUACGAGAGGUAUAAUUUCGUGCACUUGCUUAGCCAUUUAGCGUUCAAAACUUUACCGGAAGAUAGGAAGGUCUACUUGGCGCGAGCAACAAGGUCGGAUAGCUCCGGCGACGAGCGCGGAGCUUCGAUGUCCUGUAAUUGUGAUCAAACAUUAGAAAUGUCGGAUCUUGCGACGGAUGAUUAUAUAAAAGUAAUGGCUACGAGGGCCCUCUGGCGCCUCGCCAUUGCCAACAUGUGGAAUUGCCGAAUCAUCACAGAGUCGAAAGCUUUGACGUGCUUUGCGUUCUUUUUAGAGAAAGGACCUAAGGAAGCUCGAUACAACUCUGCCAUGGCGUUGACGGAGAUCACUGCCGAGGCUGAGCAGAACACCGAGCUGAGACGGUUGGCGUUCAAGCUGAACUUGCCGGCGUACAAAGCCGUGGUCUAUCAGCUCCUCAAAGUCAUCGAUCAUGCAGAAUCAGCGAAUUUGAUUCCCUGCGUCAAGAUUCUCGGAAAUCUUGCGAGGACGUUUAAGGCUACCGAGACGGCGAGGAUGAUAACCUCUCUAGUGAAGCUGCUGGAUGCGAAGGAGGCUACCGUUGUUAAGGAAGUUUGCGUCGCGCUGGCUAAGUUUGUGUGCUCGGAUAACAAGCUCAGAUGGUACCAUUCGAAAGCGAUUGUCGAUGCCGGAGGGGAGAACUUGUUGGUUCGACUCGUGCGCGGUGGAACGCAGACUGCUGCCGUUCGACGUUCUGCGUUGACGUUGCUUUGCCAUGUUGCUUCGAAUCUUAUGUGUGACGAAGCUGUGGUGCUUACGACACUUCGGUGGGCGUUGAAACAGGCGUCGUUGGUACAAUUCGAUGACGUCGAUCGCCGGCUGCCGGGAAUGAUGCUGCAUUAGUACUCUUGGGACUAACUCCGGCGAACAUGGCCUUGGAUGGUUGGGGGGGUGCAUACUUUGUUGUGAAGUUAAGAACAUCUUUUGUAGAUAAAAUCAGGUAAGUAGCAAUCGUAAUAUUAUUAUUAUUACACAUUGUACUUUUAAUUAGAAUUCUUCGUGUAAAAUUGUAGAUGAAACGACUUAUUUCUUUCGAUGCUUAAUUAUUUAUUUAUUAUGUAUAUAUAUAUUGA